CGCCUGUCAGAGGGACGCGGGUGCGCGGGUGGGCCGCGCGGGGCUAUGGCUGCCGCCUUGCCGGCGACGGUGCUCGGGCUGCCGGGAGGAGACGGCGCAGAGGAAAAUACACGGAUAGUGAGGUUGAAGAUUAUAGCUGGCCUCGGCUUGGCCAAGAAGGAUCUCUUAGGAGCAAGUGACCCAUAUGUGAAAGUGACAGUCCAUGAUUCGACGAAAGGAGUCCUUACCAGUGUUCAAACCAAAACUGCUAAAAAGACCUUGAAUCCAAAGUGGAAUGAAGAAUUUUUAUUUAGAGUCAAUCCUCAGAAGCACAGGUUUCUCUUCGAAGUAUUUGACGAAAACCGUUUGACGAGAGACAACUUUCUCGGCCAAGUCGAUGUGCCUCUCUGUCAGCUGCCGACAGAGAAUCCAGCGAGAGAGAGGCCGUACACAUUUAAGGAUUUUCUUCUUCAUCCAAGGAGUAAUAAAUCCAGAGUGAAAGGGCAUCUCAGGCUAAAAAUGACGUACCUGCCUAAGAGGAACGGCUCUGAAGAAGACGGCACAGAACAGGCAGAAGAACUCGAGCCCGGCUGGAUCAUCCUGGAGCAGCCCGAUGGCCUGUCCCAGGCGCAGGAGGAGCGAGAGGCACCCCUCCCCGCAGGCUGGGAGGAGCGGCAGGACGUCCUCGGCAGGACCUACUACGUCCACCACGAAUCCAGGAGGACCCAGUGGGGACGGCCGGCUGCACAGGACGGCAGGCCCAGUGUGGGAAGUGGCGGCUUUCAGCUGGAGGUGCAGCACGCGUUUGCCCACCGGCACCAGAUAACGGAGGAAGCGGAGACCCUCGACUGCAGGGACUCUCCCGAGAGCUGGGAGAUCAUAGCAGAAGACGAAGCCACUGCCUACAGCAGCCAGGCCGCCCAAGCGCCGGGGCAGCCAAGCAGCUCCGGUGGAGAAGCCUGCCUCGCAGAGGAGCCGAGCGCUCAGCUGACGACCUUCGGGGGUUCGGUAGCUGGCCAGGCGGCACCCCACGCUAGCGACUGCGGCAGGGGAGGCAGCCUGCAGACUUACCAAGUGGAGGAGCGUCCGGCGCUUCCUGUGCUGCUGCCAACCUCAACUGGGCUUCCUCCAGGCUGGGAAGUGAAGAAAGAUGAAAAAGGAAGACUGUAUUAUAUAGACCAUAAUUCUCAAACAACUACCUGGAAGAAGCCAUUUGUACCGUCGGGAGUGGAUGCGGCGCAGCAAGCGCCAGCCCCAGGCCCUUCCGCCAGGCAGCUCUCAGCAGCGGAUGACUCCGUACAGCAGCAGCUACUGUGCUCGAAAACGCCAGAAGGAAGUCAAGGGUUCCUCCCCAAAGGCUGGGAAGUCCGUAAUGCAGCCAACGGGAGGCCGUUUUUUAUCGAUCACAACACCAAAACGACCACAUGGGACGACCCCAGACUGAAGAUCCCAGCUUACAUGAGGAGGAAGGCCUCUUUGGACCCGAUAGAUCUUGGCCCCUUGCCUCCUGGCUGGGAAGAAAGACUCCAUACGGACGGAAGAACGUUCUACAUAAACCACAACUCGAAGAAGACCCAGUGGGAAGAUCCUCGCUUGCAGAACGUGGCCAUAACUGGACCAGCUGUGCCUUAUUCCAGAGAUUAUAAAAGAAAGUAUGAAUUCUUCAGGAAGAAACUAAAAAAGCAGAGUGAUAUUCCAAAUAAGUUUGAAAUGAAACUUCACCGUGCUACAAUCUUCGAAGACUCAUACAGAAGAAUUGCUGCUGUAAAGAAACCAGACCAUCUCAAAGCUAGGCUUUGGAUUGAAUUUGAUGGUGAAAAGGGAUUGGACUAUGGAGGGGUCACCAGGGAAUGGUUCUUCUUCCUCUCCAAGGAAAUGUUUAAUCCUUACUAUGGGCUGUUUGAGUAUUCUGCAACGGACAACUACACCCUGCAGAUCAACCCGAACUCUGGCUUGUGCAAUGAGGACCACCUCUCCUACUUCAGGUUCAUCGGGCGUGUGGCAGGGAUGGCCGUCUACCAUGGGAAGCUCUUGGAUGGCUUCCUUAUCCGCCCUUUCUACAAGAUGAUGCUUCAGAAGCCCAUCACCCUGCAUGACAUGGAAUCUGUGGACAGUGAAUACUACAGUUCCCUGAAAUGGAUCCUCGAAAAUGAUCCCGCGGAGCUGGACCUCCGGUUCUCUGUUGACGAAGAGCUUUUUGGGCAGACUCAUCAACAUGAAUUGAAAAAUGGAGGGUCAGACGUGGUGGUCACCAAUACCAACAAGCAAGAGUACAUCCACCUUGUAAUACAGUGGCGUUUCGUGAACAGGAUCCGAAAACAGAUGGCUGCCUUUAAGGAGGGGUUUUUUGAACUCAUACCGCCAGAUCUCAUAAAAAUCUUUGAUGAAAAUGAACUAGAGUUGCUGAUGUGCGGCCUGGGAGAUGUUGACGUGAACGAUUGGAGGGAACACACAAAGUACAAAAACGGCUACGGUGCAAAUCACGUGGUUAUUCAGUGGUUUUGGAAGGCUGUGCUAAUGAUGGAUUCUGAGAAACGAAUUCGGCUCCUUCAGUUUGUCACCGGAACAUCCCGUGUACCCAUGAAUGGAUUUGCUGAACUGUAUGGCUCAAAUGGCCCGCAGUUGUUUACCAUUGAAUGCUGGGGCAGCCCUGACAAAUUGCCAAGAGCCCAUACAUGUUUUAAUCGCUUGGAUUUGCCUUCCUAUCAGUCAUUCGAAGACUUGUGGGACAAGCUUCACCUGGCAAUUGAGAACACGCAGGGGUGCGAUGGAGUUGACUGAUCCCCAGAUAGAAGCACAUUCGAUGCCUUUUCUUUCCUGUGCUGCCAUUUGAAAGUUUACAAAGAAGAGAGAUUUAUUCCAGGGAAUCUAUUACUGUAUCUUUUUUGGCAGUGGAAACUUUAUGGUAUCCUUUUUCUAAAAAAAAGCAUUAUAAUUUCAAUAAUGCUUAAUUGCAUUUUGCAUUUCAACCUCUUGCCAGUCUCAUCAGCGGAUGCAAAAUGAACACUGAUGAAGCUGCCGCUAGCCUUGCUUUACCUCUUGCAACGUUUGCCUUUGUGGCACUCUGAACUACUGAAGAUGUAAGCUGUGAUGAAGCAGAGUUCAUCUGUGCAUCCGCCCGCACGCGUCCGUGCAUGCGCGCGCUCUCCUGGAAUGGCAGCCAACACCGAGAUUCUUCUCUUGGAUGGUGAGGCGUUUCUUCAGGCCUUCCAAAGCACCUUACUGUGUUUUUUAGUGAAACCGUACAAUCGUUCCACCUUGUCAUGUCUGUUUGCAGCCGGGCAGCUGUGACUGCAAGCCUUAGGUCAUGGGGCG